AUGCUUACUAACUAUAGCGAACCUCAAAAGUUGCCGGAUUUGAUGGAUAAUUCACAAAAAAAAAUUUGUCCUUCUUUCACGCUAAACGGAAUGUCCCUUAUCGCCUUGAUAAUAAUCAUCGCUAUAAUCGUCGUAACGCUAAGCCCCAUAAUGUUAUGUAAAUCUAACCUUCUGCGGUGCUACAGAGCUGCAAAUGCCACAAAAACGGAGAGCUCAUUUAACACAACAGCGCAAUUAGCCGCGUUAAAAAGUGAAGGAUUAAUCACAUACCAAAGAAUGCAUAUUACAAACAUAACUCGCCAAAUCUGGGAGGAUGAACUAUUAAUCCCAAGGAAAUAUACCAAUAUUACCGAUCUUAAAAGAGAUAUCGAAUAUCACCGUAUUAGUAAUACCUCACACUAUAAAGAAUACGAUUUGAAUGCCAGUUCGUUGAUUGACGCGACUAAUGAAAAAAGGCUCAAGAAAUCUAUUGAGGGAGAUUUAAUGAGAAUGGAUUUGAAGCCGCUUAACUCGAUACAACGCAUGGAAUCCUUGAUAAGAUACCAUGUUCCCAGUCCUAUGAAGCUGAACGAAGUUAUAGAAAGAAGUGCCGUCAUAAUUAAGGCUAAAGUGGUCAAAGUUAAGGGUAAAUUAUCCAAGCAAUCUCUCCUAGAACCCUUGUCUCAUAGCGUAAUCAACGCGAAUGAUGAUAUUGAUAACAGAAUUAGGUACGAUAUCGAUUAUUACAAAGAGGAGGAGGAUAUAUAUUUAGAUAUCAUAAUUCGGUUGUUAGAGGUUUACAAAGGUUAUUUGGACAUAUCGAGGAUAGUUUCUAUACCUGAAAAUACGAAUCAGGAUAAAAUUUACACCACCUUAAGAGUGAAAACGAGAAGCAAAAGAAUUGAAAAAUUGAUUAAUUCGGAUGAUGCAGUUCUCAGUCAUCAACCGAUAGUUAGCUAUAGAUGCGAUUCCGUUUCAUUAAAGGAAGACCAAACAUACCUAUUUUUUCUAAAUAUCGAGGGUCGGAUGUUAAUCGCGGAAUGCGUGGAUAGGUUAGGAUCCUACCUUUUCUUUUCUAGAGAAUUGGAAAAUCUGAUCAUGGAAAAAUUAAACAUAGAUCAUUGGUCGGAUUGGGGUCCAUGUGGAAGUAAAUGCGGUGGAGGUACUCAGGACAGAAAAAGAAAAUGUCAUUCUACUCCUAAAGAAUGUCACAAGGAGAUUGAACUUAGGAAAUGCAAUCUUUUUAAAUGUGAAGGUAUGAAGGACAUGCUGGAGGGAGUAAUGCUAAAACAUUUUCCUAGAGGCGUCAAAAAAUUAAAAUUUAGACCAACCUCAUUUCAGAUAUCCAGAUAUGCUACAUUGAUGACCCCGACAACUAACAUAUUUCGGGAGGGUACAUCUGCGAAAUCGAUGAAUCUUUUCAUGUCCUUUAAAGCCCACCCCGGGAACGAUGGAUACUUAUUCACUAUAUCAUCUCUGAAAGCGAAAAUUCAAUUCGGUAUCAAAUUGGGUAAAGAGACUAUCGUCUUCUAUAAAAGCGAUCAUAGGGAUAUUAAAUUUAACAGCAUGGUAAGAACCAAAAAAUCGGGCUCCUUAAUAUUUAAUAAAAAUCGAAAUUCAACCCUGAAGGCUAAUACGAGGAAAAGGUAUAAAAUAUUCCCAUUUUUCAACUUAACAAACACUUCUUCCGCUAAACCACCCUUAGUCAUUUCUAAUACUACUCCGGAAUACAAUGUAUAUCGACUCUUCAACUAUAAACACUCAUCAUUACCAUACGAUGUUGUAAAUGCGUCCAAAAUACGCGAUUCCAAACUAUUUACUACAAAGAACACAGAAAAUUUGUCAAAAUCAGUUCCCAGGUUUAGGUUUGUUCGAAGUUUAUAUGAUCGACUCAAAAGAUCACUCACAGAAAUAAAUCAACAAAUAUCGUCUAGUCGCGAACAAUUACAAAAAGAUCAAGAAUCAUCUCCGUUCUUGUCUAACGAGGUAAUAUAUAUCAGACCGGACCCCGUUUGGUUGCCGCCUUUAAACGAUGGACAUUGGCACUCACUAGCGGUAUACUUAAAUAAGACUCAUACCAGGAUACACGUGGAUUGCAGAGAAUAUGGGACUUAUAAGAUCAACGAGGGUGAAGAUGAUGCCGCCAUUUUUGACCUUAAAGGUGUCACCACGCUAGGAUCCAAUUUCGAAAACUUCCCUUCACUCAAGGAAAGAUUCGAAGGUUUUUUUGAACACGUAUUUCUAUCAACCUCCAACAAUAAAGAUAUUUCCGAUGAACAGUGCCACCCUCCGCAUUAUAAAGCCAAAUAUCAAACGAUAACAAAUAACCACAUAGACGAGAAGGAGAAGCCGAAACCGACUCUUAAUUUAACUCACCUUGGAGGUAUUAGUAAGACAAAUAAAUAUGGGGGCAGCUCUAAAACUAUGACAGUUCCAGAACCCUUACAGGCAACAAAAUCGGUGAUGUCGGCAACAGACUUUGCCCAUUCCACUAUAAAGACUACUAAUAAAAAUGAACAAGAAAGAUGGAUCAUUUCAAAUUCGGAUGACGAAGAUUACCCAUACGGAUCGGGUUUUAAAGGUUUGGAAGGCUCUGGUCAUUUAGAUGACCAUCCGGUGUUCUCAAAAACCGAUUUGCUAACAACAUCACCAACAAGUAACAAAAAUUGUGAAGAACCUUGUCUGAACCACGGGAUAUGUUCUCAGAGAGGCGAAUGUCAUUGUUCCUGGGGUUACCAAGGAAAAAAUUGUUCUGAAUACAAGUGCGGUAUAAAGGGUUGUCUGAACGGGGGCAAAUGUAUCAAGCCGAAUGUGUGCUCAUGUGAUAAAGAUUAUUUUGGGAAACUUUGCGAAUACUCCCAUUGUUCGAAAUCUUGCAUCGAUAAUGGCGGAACAUGUACAGAAAUGGGAAUAUGUCUCUGCCCGCCAGGAUAUCUACCACCUGAUUGUUCCCCUCUUUGUAUGUCGGGAUGCCACAAUGGAGGCCAAUGCGUUAGUUUCAACAAAUGCGUUUGCAAAGAUGAAUAUUAUGGACAAUCAUGCAAAAAACGAAAAUGUUCGGAGGAAUCUUGUCUAAAUGAUGGAAUAUGCAAUAACGCAACAAAUAUGGGCCAGCCCCUAUGCAAUUGCAAAUUCGGUUUUUACGGGAAACGUUGCGAAAAAAAACAUAUUUGCACUAUGAUCCCUUUCCGAGAAAAAUAUCAAAAGGUUUAUAUUUUACACGUCGAAGAUGAAGCUCUCGUUCCCUGUAAGGAAUGGGGAAUGCGUGGAUGUUACCAACACCCAAACGUGAAACAAAUCUCAAAACAAAAAACCUAUUUCCGGGUAAAAUAUCGGUGCGUACCGCUCACAAAUCAAUUCGCUAAAAAGCGCAAAGAAAAUCAAAUGAACCAAAAAAAAAUUGUAAAUAUCACUUAAAACAUCCUGUUUAAAAAAUAAAUCAAUUCCUCGUUUUUUUGUUUGAAACAAAAUGGAAACUAGAGCGAUUGAAGAUUUCACGGGUGCAGAUUAAAAAAAAACUGGCGACCUUUUAACUAAAUGUCAUCUUUUAUGAAAAAUAUUCUUUCUUUCUUCCUUUCUUUAAAAAAUAACUUAUUAAUUUAUUAAAAUAAAGUUAUAUUUUUGUUUAUUGUAUUUUUAAGUAAACAGUAUUAAAUUUGCAUGGAUUAUAU